AUGGCCAGCAGUGAAACCUUAGAUGAGUUAAAGCAAGCUAUCUCCUUCAAACUCUCGGAGCUCGAAGUUCUUACUCGGGCUGCAGGAGAUGUAGUGGCAUACCAUUAUCCUAUACUACCUUUUCCAUCAGAUCUUGAAAUUAUAUUUCAUAACCACUACAAUUAUUUCUCCAUGGCUUGGUAUAAAGCUUUAGAUCGGUGCUUCCGUGGCGGCGGAAGCACCACCAAAGAAAUACAUAACCAUAGAUGUUACACCAUGAGUCACAGUCCUGUGCUGGCUGAUUCUAUCGAGCUCUACUCUGACUGUAUGGCAAAUCAAAGUAUAUCAACUGCCAGAGAAAAGAACCACGAGUCUCUGGGAGAACCAGAUCUCUCUGCUGUUAAGCCUGCAUAUUUCAACAACUCAAUGAAGAAGUGA